AUGCGUGCUGCCACGCUGGUCACGUGCUCGACUGUCAUCGCGUGCGUAAUUGCGACAACCACGAGAUUCGCUCAGUUUGACCAGCUGGUGAUUUUCGGCGAUUCCUACUCGAGCACCUACUUCAGACCACGCAGCACGCAGCCCUCACCCGCCAAUCCUUUCGGCAACAUCGGUGAGCUUAGAACGAACGGUCCGAAAUGGCCGCAAUACCUCGCAACCAAGUACAACGAGUCAACCAUCCUCGUCUAUAACAUGGCGUUUGGCGGUUCGACCGUGGACCAAGCGAUUGUACCGUCACGAACCAAUGGCUCAUUCGUCAAACAACUCAACCGCUUUCUCAACGUCUAUAGUCCCAGCGCCGUGACCAAGACGCCCAACACUACACUCUACGCCUUCUGGUUCGGCAUCAACGACGUGGGCAAGUUAUUUGACAGCAACGGCACCGCGUCAGAUGCGGAUGUACUCGCAAGCGGCCUCUACACGCAGAUCUUUGACAGAUACUUUUCCCUGCUGCGGAGGUUGCGCACGGAAGCUGGAGCGAGGAACUUCCUGUUCAUCAACGUGCCUCCUCUCGAGCGCACGCCGAUCGCGCAGAAAGCACCCAAAGGUCCGUAUAAUUCGCGCACGACGGCACUCGUGACCAGCUUCAACCAGCGCAUUGCGGAGCUCGCCGGAAAAGUACAGAACGAGUUUGCCGGGUCGACGGUUUACACAUACGACGCGCACGGCAUGUUUGACCAUGCGCUUGGCGAGCCAGGGUCGUUCCCCGAGCUGGCAUCCGUGAGGGACACUGCAGACUAUUGUGCUGCCUACCGCUGGUGA